AUGUUUUCGGACCAGGUACGAGUAAUGGAAAUGCCAGGAAGCAGUUCGAUAAAUGCUUGUUCUGCAUGUAAUUCUGAAGGCACAUACCAUUGCUUCUACUGCAGAGGUCUGGGCACAGACAAAUGCAAUUUUUGCAGAGGUACUGGUAUGAAAGCUGGCGUCGCUCACCCAGCUGUUUAUACUCAUCCUAUGGCUGACCUUAGUCGAGGUUAUGCUUCUUCCUCCACAGCCAUGGUCCGGCAUGGUGCUAACCAAGUCUAUGGUCUUGGCACACCGAUGCACUUCAUGUCAAAAACUGGUGUCCCACCGCCUGGCAUUGGAACUCACGAUCUAUGUUACAUGUGCCAUGGGAGAGGUGUAAAAGAAUGCCAUCAUUGCAAAGGUGGCGGGAAAAAACCAUGCACUGCUUGUUGUGGUACAGGCAGUGUAAGGAAUUUUACAAAGCUAAAAAUUUACUUCAAAACCGAGCGUUCCGAAUUUUUCACACAAAGUGAAGUGCCCGAGAAAUUACUCUAUCAUGCCAGCGGCAAGGAGAUUUUCUCAGAAGAACAACCAUAUGUACUUCCCAUAACAAAGUAUCCUGUGGAAGAAGUGAAUGAGAAAAGCAAACAGUUCUGUGCACAGCAUUUGCAAAACAGCAUGGGAAUGUGCAGGGUUAUAAGGGUAAGAGAUUUUAUCGUCUUCACAAAUCGAUCAAGUAAUAGAAGAUCAGUAUCUGAAAAAGGCACGUAA